GAAAAAGGCUUGAAAACAUACAGAAGACCCUAGCGGCAGCUUUCUCGGAGGCGCUGUGGCGCCAGCCCUCUGUUGUUCUGUUGGACGACCUGGACCUCGUCAUUGGCCGCUCUGCCCUCCCGGAACACGAGCACAGUCCGGAGGCCGUUCAGAGCCAGCGGCUCGCCCACGCUUUGAACGAUGUGGUGAAAGAAUUUAUUUCCAUGGGAAGUCUGGUUGCGUUGAUUGCGACAAGCCAGUCUCAACAUUCUCUACAUCCCUUACUUGUUUCUGCUCAAGGAGUUCACAUAUUCCAGUGCGUCCAGCAUAUUCAACCUCCUGACCAGGAUCAAAGAUGUGAAAUUCUGCAUACUAUAAUAAAAAAUAAACUGAACUGUGACCUGAAGAGGUUCACCGGUCUUGAUCUGCAGCGUAUAGCUAAAGAAACAGAAGGGUUUGUGGCUAGAGAUUUUACCAUGCUUGUGGAUCGAGCCAUACAUUCUCGUCUCUCUCAUCAGAAUGUGUACAGCAGGGAAGAAUUAGUUUUGACAACAUUGGACUUCCAAAAGGCUCUCCGAGGAUUUAUUCCUGUGUCUCUGCGAGAUGUCAACCUACAUAAACCGAGGGACCUGGGCUGGGAUAGGAUCGGUGGACUACAUGAAGUGCGGCAGACACUAGUGGACACUAUCCAGUUACCAGCGAAGUACCCGGAACUAUUUGCCAACUUGCCCAUACGACAGAGGACAGGAGUGCUGCUGUAUGGUCCCCCUGGGACAGGGAAAACCUUACUAGCUGGAGUCAUUGCUCGGGAAAGUGGAAUGAACUUUAUUAGUGUCAAGGGACCAGAGUUACUCAGCAAAUAUAUUGGAGCAAGUGAACAAGCUGUUCGGGAUGUUUUUAUUAGAGCACAGGCCGCAAAGCCCUGCAUCCUUUUCUUUGAUGAAUUUGAAUCCAUUGCCCCUCGACGCGGCCACGAUAACACAGGGGUCACAGAUCGUGUGGUUAACCAGUUGCUGACUCAGCUGGAUGGAGUCGAAGGCUUGCAGGGUGUUUAUGUACUGGCUGCCACUAGUCGCCCUGACUUGAUUGACCCUGCCCUGCUCAGGCCCGGCCGACUAGAUAAAUGUGUAUACUGUCCUCCUCCUGAUCAGGCGUCACGUCUUGAAAUUUUAAACGUUCUCAGUGAGUCUCUACCUCUGGCAGAUGAUGUGGAUCUUCAGCACGUAGCGUCAGUGACCGACUCCUUUACGGGAGCUGAUCUAAAAGCGCUACUUUACAAUGCCCAGCUAGAGGCCUUGCACGGAAGGCUGCUGUCCUGUGGGCUCCAGGAUGGAGGUUCCAGCUCUGAUAGUGACCUGAGUCUGUCUUCAAUGGUUUUUCUUAACCACAGCAGUGGCUCUGAUGAUUCAGCUGGAGACGGAGAAUGUGGCCUAGAGCAAUCCCUGGUUUCUCUGGAGAUGUCGGAGGUGCUUCAAGAUGAAUCAAAGUUCAAUAUGUACCGGCUCUACUUUGGAAGCUCUUACGAAUCAGAACUUGGAAAUGGGACCUCUUCUGAUUUGAGCUCACAGUGCCUGUCAGCGCCGAGCUCCCUGACUCAGGAGUUUCCCGGAGCUCCUGGGAAAGAUCAGUCAUUACGGCCUCCACUCUUCAGAACAGCCUCCCAAGAGGGUUAUCAGGAACUCACACAGGAGCAGAGAGAUCAACUGAGGGCAGAUAUCAGCACCAUCAAAGGCAGAUACCGGAGCCAAACUGGAGAGGAUGAUGCCCUUAACCCACCAGGACCAAUCAGAACCAGUUUGGCUAUUAGCCAGUCACAUUUAAUGACUGCACUUAGCCAUACUCGGCCAUGCAUCAGUGAAGAUGACUGGAAGACCUUUGCUGAGUUGUAUGAAAGCUUUCAAAAUCCAAAGAAGAGAAAAAAUCAAAGUGGAACAGUGUUUCGACCUGGACAGAAAGUAACCCUGGCCUAAAACAUACUCCUGACUGUGUGUGUGUGUGUGUCCCUGUGUUACAACAAUGGACGUGUCAUCUGUACAUUUCUUUUAAUUUAACUUGUUAAUCUAUAAAAUCAGAUUGUUAAACCUGUUAUCUAAUGGUCAGGAGUACUUGACAGUAAUACUCUAAAAUAAAUUGAGAUAUUUAUAACAGAUUCUGUACUUUAUUUCCUAUAUAUGUAAAUUCUUACUGAAAUAAUAUUGGCCACAUAGAAUAACUGAUUUUUUUCUCCUUUGAAGAAAAGAGAAUGUAAUUAAAUACAUUUCUUAGAAUUCGCGAUUGCAUAUUCAACAUCUUUCUUUCAUUUGAUAAGUUUUAUGCUUAACACCUUGAUUAUUUUGGAAAUAAAAAAUUCAGUUAUCUACUGA